AUGUCUAUCAUCGUUUACAAGGAUAUCAUAUUUUUAACAAAACCAUUUGGUGUAAAAUCACUUUUAAAUUGCCUUCCAACAGAUUUAUCCAGUCGGUUAAAAGAAGUUUUCUCUGAUCUGGUUUCGGGGGAAAAAUACCAUUAUUCAAUAAUAGAUCAAUGUGGAGAACUGUUGACAUCAUUUCCUACUAAAAAAUACAAAAAUUUGUACGAAUUUUCCGAGACAAAUGAUCUGAUUGAUUGGUUGAAAAGAAUUAUCACGGAGAAGCGUGAAAGUUAUGAAUUUAAUGAUAUCAUAAAAGAAUUGAUUGAUUUAAUUCCGAAAAGCUCAUCACCAAAAAAAUUUUCAUUUGGCAAUUAUCGAUCACCAAGUAAAUUUCCAUUAAGGGACAUUGAUCCAAAAUCUGUAGGACGGUGGAAAAUUGACCGAGUUACAUUGCUAGACGCGAAUGUAUUAUCACAUUUUUUAUUAAGUUGGGAUGAAGAAGGUUGGGAGAAGUGUAUAAAGGAUUAUGAGUAUGAAAUCAUUAAUCGAUGUUCAACCGAUGUGUUAGUCUCAAGAAAGAUGUAUCAAGGAGCACAUGUUGCUCGUCGUAGUCAAUAUGAUAUUUUAUUUAGAAAUUGGUCAUUGAAAAUUGUUGGAGUUUGUUCAAAUACUUAUAACGUAAUAUUUGGUUAA